AUAUUGUAAUUGUAUUUUUACUAAUAUUAGCUUGCAUUUUUUAGAUGGCGUCAGCGGCAGCGGAAUUAGUGGCGGAGAGAGAGCCGGAGCUGAGGCUCGAGAUGACAGACUCCAAUAGGACCUUCGUAGGUGCCCAGGGCCUAGUCAAGAUGGCCCUGGAUCAGUACACGGAAAUCCUUACGGCAGCUUCCGAUCCACGAGUCAGUGACUGGCCGCUAAUGGAUUCACCUGUACCGACAAUCCUCAUUGUGCUCCUUUAUCUGUACGGCGUUCUCAUAUUCGGUCCGCGUAUGAUGGCCAACAGAAAGCCAUAUAAACUCAGAGGAGUCUUGGUGGCAUACAACGCGUUUCAAGUCGUCUUCUCGCUGGAGAUGCUGUAUGAGCACUUAAUGUCCGGAUGGCUGUUGGACUACAGCUAUAAAUGUCAACCGGUCGACUACUCCCACAAUCCAUCCGCUCUGAGGAUGGCGAACCUCUGUUGGUGGUACUUCAUCAGCAAAUUCACGGAAUUCGCUGACACGAUAUUCUUCGUGUUGCGCAAGAAAGACAGCCAGGUGACAUUUCUGCAUUUAUAUCAUCAUUCCCUGACACCCCUCGAGACGUGGAUAUGCGUCAAAUUUAUUGCGGGCGGUCAUGGCACUCUGGGCAAUCUUAUAAACAACGGGGUGCACGUGGUCAUGUACGCGUAUUAUAUGUUAGCGGCCAUGGGACCGGAAUUUCAGAAGUAUUUAUGGUGGAAGAAGCAUCUGACUACUGUACAACUGGUGCAAUUCUUCCUGGUGUUCGUGCAUAGCGCGCAGGCCCUCGUCUUCGAUUGCGGCUACCCAAAACUGGUCGCGGCCCUCCUUCUACUUCACUCGACCAUCUUCUUCGUGCUCUUCUCCGACUUUUACAGGUCCGCUUACCGCAAAGGAAAGUCCACGAAGGAACUCAAGGCUGAAUAGAACACACGAGGGACAUACGAAAGGGAAAAUCUUCGUUCUAACGACGAACGAAAUGCGCAAUACAACACGUACACACAUAUCGCGUCGAAAUGUAGCUCCUUUCUAUACCGGUGAACUUUUACGUCGUUGAUGUAUCGAUAAAUGAGGGACCCCUUGAACGGUUCAUAUAUUCGAAAGUAUCAAUCGUCAGUAAGGUGCGGAUAAAUAAAUGCAAAUGCGCGCGUCCUAAUACAGAAAAACGAAAUUUCUAUUGUUAGAUUCUGGAAACAAAACGGAAUAAUUCAAAUGUCGACAAAAAGGCAACUACGGCGCCGAGCGAAAACUGCGCCGGCAGCGAUUUAUGAUUCUUAUAUAUAAAUUAACAAUUAUAAAGACUAUCGCAAAUAGUGCGAGAAGAAAUCUCAGUAAGGAAAACUGACAAAUGGAGAAGGAGGGUCAGUCGGUUAACGGGUCAUAACGGGUUAAUGCCAUUGUAUCUCUUAUCAGUUUAGCAAGGCGAUAUAGCGAAAAGUCCGCGAUGGCACAGGGAUCGUCCAUUAGAAAUUCCUUUACGUCAGGCAGCGAUCAAAUGUGGCUGUUUAGUCGCUUUUACAGAGAUAAGUUAUAUUAACUCUCGAUGCAUAAACGUCGCGUCGAAAUGUCUUCCUGAUAGAUAAUCGAGGUCAAACGUUUCACUGGUGCGGAGCGUAGAGAUUGCUUCCGUACGGAAGAGGAUUUUUAUUCGUUGUACUCUGCCCGGGCGUGUAUCUUCGGGAUAUCUCGGGUCUCGCGUGCAGGACAUCUCGGAUCUUGGGUUAACUUCAACAGCCUUAAAUGUCACUUCGUACAUUUUGAUCGGCCCCCGUCGCUUAAUUAAAAUCAUUCUUUAUGAAGUUAAGAAACGAGGAAUAAGUUAAGUAAAAUAAAUGGCAAGUAUUAUUUGUAAAGCCUGGAAUUUCGAGGCUGCAAUAAGCGCGGGGAGGAACGCACGGACGAAACGAAGUAGCAAUAAAACGUACAUGAUAAUAAUUAGUAAAUUCCAUCGUUUUAGACACGUAACACAAAAGAUGGUGUAUACGACUUGAAAAUUACGUUGAUUACAAUUAUAAAAAUAUUCCGUCGUAUUAGACUAAUUGAUCUUGAAAAUUAUACAAUUGUGUGUGAUAUUCGUAAUAUUCAGAAUCAACGUGAGGUAUCGGGAUACAAGUUUGAAGACCUUUUCACACGCAUGAUAUUGCUUUGCGCAAUUUCUAAAUAAUUUCUGCCGCUAGUUAACUAGUGUGAGGGCCGAUUUUUCCAACCUCUUGGUAAACUAAUAGUUAAAUUAUAUGUCUAUCUUUUUUCAAAGGAAAAACAAAGACACACACAUGAUUUAACUAUUAGUUAAUUUACCUAGAGAUUGGAACAACCUGCCCUAAAACGAGAAAAUACAUAUCUGACGAGUUUAUCUUUGCAAUGGCUGCGUUCGACAGGAAAAGCUGCUUUGCAACUGUU